AUGCUCGGUUUUCGCGCCCACUUAUCUACUCAGGACCCCCUUGUACAAAUCCACUACGAUCUAUUGAAAUAUCCCGUGCGUGCCGGCACGCGGGCAUUGCUAGGCAUAGACCUGCGCAAGGCUUUCGACAACGUGACACAUGAAACGAUAGCACAACACUUGGCUGCGACAAACCCUGGGGAACGUACGUACAACUACGUGUGCUCCUUCCUACACGGCCGCACUGUGGAACUCUCCCUGAAUGACAGCAACGCCACGAAGACACUUGCCCUAUCCAACAAAGGCACGCCACAGGGAGCCGUUCUUUCGCCUUUCCUCUUUAACCUUGUAAUGAACCAACUCCCACAGUCACUAGACCGCAUCCCCAACAUCCGACACACCCUAUACGCGGACGACGUGACGGUGUGGACUACUACCGGCUCCGACGGACAGAUCGAGGAGGCACUGCAACGGGCCGUGGACACUGUGGCCGAAUACGUCGCACGAGCUGGUCUCGAGUGCUCAGUGGAGAAAUCCGAACUCCUUAUUCUCCACCCUCCCGACUACCGUAAGGUUAAGCACCCGCCACCACCGACCAUCACUAUCAGGAUCGCCAGAUCCGCAGUACCGGUAGUGCAGCAGAUGCGCGUUCUCGGCCUCCACGUACAAACUGGAAGGAGCAAUACCGUCGCACUAGAGAGGCUUGCGGUCACCAUCACUCAGACUGCCCGGCUUUUAGCAAGAAUCGCUGCGCGGAAAAAUGGAAUGAAAGAAAAGGAACUUCUCCAGCUGUUAAAGGCCUUCGUAACCACAAGGAUCACUUACGCUUUGCCGUACUUACGACUCCUCAAGGCCGAAAAAGAAAAAGUAGACAGGCUUAUACGCACAGUCCACAAGAUCGCCCUGGGCCUCUUCCGCACCACAUCGACAAUGCACCUUCUCAGCCUCGGAAUUCACAACACAAUAGAAGAACUUAUCGAAGCUCACAGAACUGCACAAAUCGAACGAUUGCGGGGCAGUAAGACCGGAAGAUGGAUACUCCAACGUAUCGGCAUCCCCUCAUCAACAAGUGGACCAGACUUGAUCUCGCUACCACCCCUGCUCAGAAAACGCUUUAUUGUGCAGCCGUUGCCGAAGAACAUGCUGGCCGGCAUUCACGACGGUAGACGCUCGGCCCGCGCCAGAAACCUUCACAGUGCUUAUGAUACGGAUACAAAGGCUGCUCACGUCGACGCGGCAAGAUACGCAGCCCCCAUACAUGCAUAUGCAAUCAAUGUAUCGGCGAAACGCACCCCAGUCGAUAAAGAGCCCUCCACGAUAUGCGCCGGCUCCAUACGCACACAAGACUCAACCGAGGCCGAAGAAGCCGCGAUAGCCCUUGCCGCAAUGGCCGGAUUCGAAACAAUCAUCAGUGAUUCUAAAUCUGCCAUCAUCCGAUUUGCACGUGGCACGGUCUCCCCAACCACGGCACGCAUCCUCCGCCAUUUGCGCCAAGUGGCAUGCAACGCCUCAAGCAACACCGCCGCCAGCAGUGCCGACGAUGCAGAUCCCAGUUUCAUUCAACUCGUCUGGGUCCCAGCGCACGCAGGCAACCCGGGUAACGAAGCCGCCCACAGACAAGCUCGAGGACUCGUACGCCGAGCGGUGGGCCAGACUUCGGACCACGAUGGAGAAGCGAACGAACCACUCCUCACCUUUCACGACAUCACGCAGCACUACAAGCUAACAAGGCAAACCAAACCACCCCCGCACCCGCAACUAAACAAAGCUCAACAAAUCACUUGGCGCCGGCUACAAACCCAUUCAUUCCCUUCCCCGUACAUCUACAGACACAUCUACCCAGCUCUCUUCACAUCUACUUGCACCCUUUGCAAGACACAGACCGCGACCCUGGCCCACAUCAUCUGGGGAUGCAGCAAGGACCCUCCCCCACCAGACCUCCUAGGACAGUCACCGUCAAGUGAGGCCUGGGAGAGAAACCUCACGACCACAAGCCUGGACGCCCAGCUCCGGGCCAUCAAACGCGCUGACGAGGUGGCAACCAGGCACGGCCUGACAGCCAUCUCCGCUUAG